UUAAAUAGGAAAUAACGUGGGUAUUAGAAAGGAGCAGAGCCAUCGAAGAAGGAGAAGCGCCAUCGGGGAAGGGAGGCUGAUUGGCAGAGCAUCGGAUGGUGAAGGAAGCAGAGACCAGUUACCUCCCAUCGCCGGCACGCUGCCCACCAGACAAUUUUGAAACCUAGGGCUACCUCUGAUUUGAGGGUUUGAGUGAUCGGAGAAAAUGAAGGAAUUGGUAGGGAGUCCAGGAGCAGUGAGUGGGCUAGUUCUGAGAAUGAGGCAAUGUGCAUUUGCUGCUGCUUCUAUUGGAAUUAUGGUCUCUGCCAGUGGCUUCAUUAGCUACACUGCUUUCUGCUAUUUGAUUAAGUCAAUGGGGCUUCAAGCUCUGUGGAGCUUUGGACUUGCAUGUCUUGACAUUUAUGCUUUGAGGAGAAAGAGAGACCUUCAAAACCCUGUCCUAGUCAGCCUGUUUGUUGUGGAAGAUUGGGCGACAGCAAUGUUAUCACUUGCAGCUGCAUGCUCAUCAGCAGGCGUAGUUGUUGUAUAUGCGAGAGACUUGAAUUUUUGCAAGUCAGAACCAAGUCUCCCAUGUAGCAGGUUUGAGAUUUCCAUACUUUUUGGUUUCCUAACAUGACUUCUUGUUAGCAUAUCAUCUCAUGUGAUGUUCUGGAUCCUAGCCUCUUUCUGGAUAACUCAUUUGUGUCCUUGCUCUAGAGUUGGUGAAUACACAAUUGAUGGUGCUCCUUUCCUUCACAUUUUUUUUUCUUUGACAGCCUUAAUUUAUUCAAUUUUUAGAAUUUUCCUUUCCAUCGCCAUUUUCAUUAAGUUUUGCUUAUUUAUAAAGGUUUUUGGUUUUGGUUA